AUGCCUUUGACUGUGGCAAGGCGUUUGGGUUUUGAGAAAUACAAGGAGUGUCAUUUCUCUCUGAUCCUUGCUGAUAGAUCAGUUAAGCUUCCAGUAGACCUUUCCUUGCCACUGCUGAGAAGAGGCAAGAUUGAGCUGAAUUUGGGUAAAGACUGCAAGAUGGUGUUCAAUGUAAAAGAUGUUAUGAAGCAACCAACUAUAAAUGGUGAGUCGUUUUACAUUGAAACACUUGAGCAGCUAGCCGAUGACUACUUGGAGGAAUUGGGAGUUGAGGAUAAGCUGCAGCUGGCUUUGACUAAGGAUAAUGAGGAGUUUGGAUGUCUACAAGCAGAGAGUAUGGGUUAUGCUUGGCUUAUGGACUCACACAGAGCAGCAAAAGAGGGGACAGGCUUUGAGGAGUUGGAGGAAAGCUCUCAAGAGCAAGGCACGGACGAUGACUGGUCUGAGCUCAAGGCUCCCAAAGUCGAUCUCAAGCCACUCCCAAAGGGGCUCAGGUAUGCGUUCUUAGGCUCUAACUCCACAUACCCUGUCAUUGUCAAUGAUGCAUUAGACCCCCAUGAGCUUGAAACCCUCCUUGUCGAGCUGCGAAAGUACAGGAGAGCUCUUGGAUACUCGCUGGACGAUAUCAAGGGUCUCUCCCCUACUCUAUGCACUCACAGGAUCCAUCUCGAAAAUGAAUCAAAGGGAUCUAUUGAGCAUCAGCGUAGGUUAAACCCCAAUCUUAAAGAAGUAGUAAAGAAAGAAAUCUUGAAGCUUCUUGAUGCAGGAAUCAUUUACCCUAUUUCGGACAGUACUUGGGUUUCUCCAGUACAUUGCGUCCCAAAAAAGGGUGGGAUUACUGUCAUCAAGAACGAAAAGAAUGAAUUGAUCCCAAGUAGGACAAUAGUUGGACAUAGAAUGUGCAUUGAUUAUCGUAAGUUAAAUUCUGCAUCAAGGAAAGAUCAUUUUCCUUUGCCAUUCAUUGACCAAAUGCUUGAAAGGUUGGCAUGUCAUCCAUUUUACUGUUUCUUGGAUGGCUACAGUGGUUUUUUCCAGGUUCCAAUCCAUCCAAAUGACCAGGAAAAGACCACAUUUACAUGUCCAUACGGCACCUUCGCAUAUCGAAGAAUGCCGUUUGGAUUGUGUAAUGCCCCAGCAACAUUUCAAAGAGCAAUGCUUUCUAUCUUUUCGGAUCUAAUAGAGGAAAUGGUUGAGGUCUUCAUGGACGACUUCUCGGUCUAUGGCUCUUCCUUUUCCUCUUGUUUGUCUAAUCUAUGUAGGGUGCUGAAAAGAUGUGAGGAAACAGGCUUGGUUUUGAAUUGGGAGAAGUGCCAUUUUAUGGUGAAAGAGGGGAUAGUCCUUGGCCACAAGAUCUCAGAGAAAGGCAUUGAAGUGGACAAGGCAAAGAUAGAAGUAAUGGUGCAACUUGGGGAGCCAAAAUCAGUUAAGGAUGUGAGAAGCUUCUUGGGACAUGCGGGUUUCUACAGGCGCUUUAUCAAAGAUUUUUCUAAGAUAGCAAGGCCACUCACAAGACUCUUAUGCAAAGAAACAGAGUUCAUCUUUGAUGAAGAGUGUAGCCAAGCUUUCUUGAAGAUCAAGGAAGCCCUUGUUAGCUAA